AUCGUGAUCGUGAUCGUGAUCGUGAUCGUGAUCGUGUCGUGGUGUCGUGGUGUCGUGGUGUCGUCGAAGUGAAGUUAACCCAGAGUGCUCCCGAACUCCCGUAGUCUCGUUCCCGUCCGUUCGUCCGCGUCGCGUCAAGGACGGCCAACUUCACCUCGUUUCUCGCGAUCGUUUCUCGAGGAAACCCCUCGAGAAACUCCUCGUCCUCGUUUUCGUCCUUGAAACCAUCAUAGUCGCGCGAUCCUUUCGUCGUUCGUUCCACCGAGAGUAAUAAGACUAAGCCAGGAAGAAUUGUCGGGGGAGGAUACGCGAUCUUCGCCGCAAACGUUAACUGCUGCUGACUUCUGCUACCACUGCUCUGUGACAGCGGGACAGUAUGGCGGGACAAACGAUCAACGACAGGCUGUUGGCCGCGAGGCACAGUAUCGCCGGCCAGGGCCUCGCCAAGUCCGUUUGUAAGGCCACUACGGAGGAGAUGAUCGGUCCCAAGAAGAAGCAUCUCGACUAUUUAAUUCAUUGCACCAAUGAACCGAAUGUCUCCAUACCGCAGCUCGCUAAUCUCCUGAUAGAACGCUCACAGAAUACAAACUGGACGGUAGUCUUUAAGGCCCUGAUCACCGUGCAUCACAUGAUGUGCUAUGGCAACGAGAGGUUCACGCAGUAUCUUGCGUCCAGCAAUAGCACGUUUCAACUCAACAAUUUCCUCGACAAGAGCGGCGUACAAGGAUAUGACAUGUCGCCCUUCAUCAGGCGCUAUGCCAAGUAUCUCAACGAGAAGGCUCUCUCCUAUAGGACGGUAGCGUUCGACUUUUGCAAAGUGAAAAGAGGGUACGUAUUGAGAACAUUUUUUUCUAGACCUCUUGAAAUUUUAUCUCGAAAGAAGAUGGCACUCUACGCACAAUGAAACGCACUGCUGGAAUUUGAUUGCACGGCUAACGACCUCACGAAUGGCGUCAUAAACAUGGCCUUCAUGCUCCUCUUUCGAGAUCUUAUCCGGUUAUUCGCCUGUUAUAAUGAUGGCAUCAUUAAUCUGUUAGAGAAAUAUUUCGACAUGAAUAAGAAACAAUGUCGGGAUGCUUUAGAUCUUUACAAGAAGUUCCUUAUACGCAUGGAUAGGGUCGGAGAAUUUCUGAAAGUUGCGGAAAAUGUUGGUAUCGAUAAAGGAGACAUACCAGAUCUGACGAAGGCACCAAGUAGUUUAUUGGAUGCCUUAGAACAACAUCUCGCUUCCUUGGAAGGAAAGAAGGGCUCCGCCGCGAACACGCCAACGCAGUCAGCAAGCAAUAGAACCAAUGUAAAGUCGGGAGUGUCCGCCCUGUCUUCCACCAGUAACGCGUUCGGAACAGCAGCCAGUAAUGCGCGGCUCGAGCAAACCGGGAAUGGUCAUAUCGACGAGGCGUUGCGCCAGCAAGCUCUCGCGGAAGAGGAAGCCGCCAUGAAUCAAUACAAGGCAAAAGUACAAUCGCCGUCAGGUAGUAGCACAAAUCCUUUCCUCAGUUCUCCAACUAAUAAUGCUAAUAAACCGAUUGUGGACUUAUUUGGUGCAACAUCUGAGAGCCAGUCGUCUCAAAAGGCAUCGGAUGAUCUACUGCAACUUGCGGGCAAUCCGUUCGCGAACAUGUUCGGGGCGCAACCACCUACAGGAACGACGCAACCCGCCGCUCAGAUGCAGAACAACAUGUGGAUGACCAACGGUACUGGUUUCGCGCCAACUGCGUCACCAGCAAAUAAUAACUUUGUUACAGAUAAUAGUUUUUCCUCCGUAUUCGGAAAUCAAGAUCAGCAAUCCACUGGCGCCCCAGGAACGGCCGCGUCCGUACCUAAUCCCUUCAUGUCCGAUUUCCCGUCCCUCGGUACCACCGGCGGCCAGCAGGCGACGAACGCAGGCGCCUUCGGGCUCUUCGAUCAGAACGCCGGCGGCGUUGUUGGCGGUGAAUCGGUGCAAGCAGCGCAGACGGGAACGGUAGCAGCCGGAGACCUUUUCAGUGCCGGUCAGACGGAUCUCUUUGGGGGUGACGGGUCCGCCGCCGCGAUGAGGAUCCCCGCAAACGGCGGCGACGGGGAUGCUGCCAGCGCCCCGACCUCUUCUGCUGGCAAGAGCGCCUUCGAUGAUCUCAACGACAGUAUCCGUAUGGCACUGGGUGGGUCUCCGUCGCGACCGGCACCCAUGGUUCAGCAACAGCAAGCUGCGAUGGCCGUCCAACAGCAGCCGUUGCAACAACAAAUGCCGCCGGCUGCGACGGCGGGGGCCGGUAUGUUUGGCAUGAAUGACCCCGCGACCGGGCAAUCCAUGAUGGCCGGUGCACCGAUCGUCGGCUAUGGUAUCCCUACCCAAGCCCAAGUCCCCGUGGGGUACGGUUCGCCGGCAAAGCAGCCGAUGUCAGCGGGGCAACCGGUCGGUGCAGCCAACACCGGCAAAGUCCUUACCGGAGAUUUGGACAGCAGCUUAGCUAGCCUUGCGCAAAAUUUGACCAUCAAUAAGAGCGCACAGCAGCAAGUCAAAGGAAUGCAGUGGAAUUCUCCGAAGAAUGCUGCAAAAACGGGCGGGGCGGCUACUACUGGUGCUGGAUAUCGGCCCAUGGGCCAAGGAAUGACGCAACUGCUACCUACGAGCACCACGACUAUAGGUUUCCCCUCACAACCAGCGAUGAUGGGUAUGCAAGGUAUGCCGAUGGGCAUGCAGGGUAUGCAGGGUAUGCAAGGUAUGAGGCCGAUGAUGUGUACUAUCCCAGGUGCUUCCGCCGCCGGUGGCGGUAUGAUGGUUGCGGGAGGAGCUGCGCCCAUGAUGGCCAUGCCCGGCGCGAAUCCUAUGAUGGCCGGUCCUAAUUUGCAGCAACAACAACCUCAACCUACUGCAGCAACUCAGCCACAGGGCAAUGCUGUCCAACUCGAUCCUUUUGGUGCUCUGUGAAGGGAUUAGGAUUCCAAAUGGAAUUAAGAAGAACGAAGCAACAUUUUGUAAAUACCAUGUAAUAUGCCUAGAAAGAAAAGAAACAAAGCUAAUGUAUCCCGCUUUUUUCUGUUAGGCCCAAUCAAUCUUGAAUCAUUGAUUGUCAUUCGAAUCGUCUCAUUAUAAAUAGGAGUCAGUAAAUUGUAUUAUACUUCCUGUAAUAUGCUCGCCGAAUAUGCAACACGUGUUAUUCCGAUAUAGCGUCUUUCCCACGAGCAUUAGCAAAAGUUAAAUGUUGUUUAAGUGAAUAUCUGUCUACUUUUUUAUGCAAAAAAAAGGGGACAAAUUGAGUCUGAAUUGCGCGUAGACAGGGCGCUUUUCUCCGCCUUGAAGUCCCGUAGCCGGGCAUAAUUAUGUAGCUUAGAUGAGAGUUGUUCGGAACGCGAAUUGCGUUUAGAAUGACACGAACGUGCGUUGAAUUUUCCUGGUGAGGAUUAACUGUGAUAGUACUGCGCCGUGUGUCGCGCUGAACAGUUUUUCUUCGUUGACACGUCGAGUAAGCCUAUUAUCGAAGAGAUGCAUUUUCUAAGUUCGAUGAAAGAUUUCCGUAAUUACGUAGCGAUAUUUAGAUACGACUUAGUUUUUACAUUGGGGGAGAGAGAGAUUGUAUAUCCGAUAGAGAGAUCAGUAAGAACGCAUUAUCGAAUAUGGUGAAAAUACUUGGUUCGUUAUGGUUCUAAACGUAUUCGCGUUAGAUUACAUACACGUAGUUGACGAUUGCAUAUACCAAUGUCCGCGUUAAACGUUAAAGGCGCAAGACC